AUGUCGACUGGUACCUCUUCCAAAGUUUCUGGUGUGAGAAGGAGAGCUUGUGUCAAUUGCACCUCUGUCAAGUCCAAAUGCCUGCCAUUCUCAUCUGACGAAUGCCAGCGGUGUAAUCGGCUUGGUAAGCGGUGCACCUACCUUAACGUUGUGGAGAAGCGAAAGAGUCCCUCCAGCUCCUCCCGUACACGGCUCCUGGAGCAAAGGUUGAGUAGAGUUUUGGCUCUGCUGGGUAACCAAGCCCAGGGCAUGCCCAUGAGUGGCUUCAUCGCACAAUUAGCGGCCGAAGACCUCAACAUGAAUGUGCUAGAUGGCAACCAGUUUGGCCAAUUGCCGCUGUCUCACGUCUUAACACUUCAGGGGACGCUAGAUGUUGUUGAUCGAGGAGCGAUCGAACACUUCCCUUUCGUUCCCAUUUCUUCCGAAACUACCGUCGCUUCUCUUAGAUCUACCAAGCCCUUCUUAUUCAUGUGCAUCAUGGCAACCAUGAAAUUCGAGAAUUGCAGCGUCCAACACCAGAUCGGUGAAGAAAUCCGAAACCAAGCACAUCAGCGAGUUUUGAUGCAGUCAGAAAGCACUCUUGAAAUCCUUCAGGGUCUGUUGAUAUAUCUAGCAUGGUACCAAUACUUCUUCAUCAGCUACGAGAAGCAGCAAAUUGUUCCGAUCGCACAGUUAUGUGUUUCACUAGUCCAGAAUCUGGGGCUCGACCAGAACCCUGGUAAUAUGAGACGCAAAGUCGAUCUUGGGCCAGAUGAGACAGCCCCUAGACGCAAGGCCGCAAGGUCUGCAGAGCAGCUUCGGGCUUUGCUUGGAACUUACUGCACGGCAUCUUGGGUUUCUAUCAAGUUUCGGACUCGUGGUGCUUUACCAUACACAGGAUAUAUGAAGCAAAGCUGGGAUUUCCUCCUAAACAACGCAGAAUAUGCGAGUGACCUUAUUAUCCCCUCUUUCGUUCGUAUAAAUGAAUUGUGCCGUCGUAUAUGCGACACCUUUGGGUAUGAUGACCUAGAGAACUCAGGCAUGAGGGGAGAGUUUGUCAGCGCCAUGGCUUUGCAGACGCUGAGUAACGAGUCUGCAUUGUUGAAAGCUUCCAUUCCUCCAAAUCUUCAAAACAACCUUGCUAUAAGAAUGGAGGUCUACUUGCUUGAUACUUUACUCGGCGAAGUUUCACUGCAUGAUGACUUUUGGGACAGCACAUCGACUUCUAACGUCUUUAGAACUAAUAAUCCGUCUUCUUCGACCAGUACCAGGGUCUCUAUUUUGUUUAACCUUAUUCUGAGCUGCAAGUCGCUGAACGAUGCCGUCAUAGCCUAUCCAGACGAAGAGCUCUGGUACAUCACGUUUUAUACAACGGCCAAGAUUUGCAGAAGUCUCUUGUGCCUCUCAAAUGCUAGCAAGAUAUCAUCCGAAAUCUUCAGAGAGACUGGACUUGCCUCAUUCAAUGCCCCUUUCAUGGCCAUCAGUUCUCCUGUUCACGACGCCAUGACAGUUGAGAGGGUGGCUGACUUGAAGAGCGAAGCAAAGCGACUACAAGGAAAGUUCAAGAAUCUCUCAUCUCAAGUACAGAAAUUCGGCAAUGAGGAAGACAUCAUGCUUGGUUUCUCGGAUAUGAUAUGGGCCGUGGCAACUGCAUAUGAGGAAACGAAAAGGCUGGAACCAGGACUGUUAAGCUGUUCUCUUGGAAGUGAUGGGCAGAACUCCUCUUCUGAACUGAGUAGCUCGGAAGGCUAUCUCUCGAGUACCGGUUCUGGAAAUAUGCAGCCAGAAGCAAUGUUAGACUUCGGCCUGAUGGAAGAUGAAACUUGGGAAGAGUUGUUGGCUGGGAUCGCUACCGUAAGCGACCCUGCAUCAUCGCUGCAAGUAUGA